GUGAGUAAUCCUCGAUCAGCUAUUAGCCGGACAUGUUUCGCUAGUUCUAGGCACCGGCCCCCACUUCAUAACAGCGUCAAUCCUACUCGUUCCUCAAAGGACCCAGUAACCCAACAAUAAUCACAGCUACAUGUGCUCAUUGAGUCUAGGAUAAAGUCACAUUAUUCAUUGCUGUGAACUUACCACCCAUCACCUUAAAACAGCUCGCUCAUCCUUUUGUUUCCUGAUUAAGCCGAAUGACAACAUCUUACAAAAAUGUGUCGCGUCUGCGAUCGACUCAACUACGACCCAUUCCCACAUGUACCCUUGGACGACGAAGACGGAGAGGAUGAUGGCCAUGAGCUUCAGGAAGUGCCGGUCGUACCAUUCAGGCGUAAGAACUUAAAUCCGCUCCAGACAGUGGUAACACCUGCGCCGAGCCAUGAUGACGCUCCGAUUUUCGCCGCGUACUUGAAACCGAAAGUCGCACCUGAGCCAGGUGAUUGGGACUUUUCGUACCAACGACAAGCCCCAUUUGGUAUGGCGGUCUAUGAUACGACCCCAUCAGCGACCCCAACGCGGGCCGCUAAGAUGGUGCACGCUCUCUCACAUCGCACCAGGCGUCACAACCGCGAAUGGGGGCGGGACAGGAUAGAAGUGGCUUGCUUCCCUCUUCCGUCUCAUCUAAGCAGUCAAGAGCGGGCAAAAGCUUGCAUUAUUCACCACGGACACGAGAUUCGGAACCGUGCCGUACUGGACAACAUUGACGAUGCGAAGUUCUGGUUCCUGUCUGAAGACUUCGAAGAUGAGUGGUAUUCCCGUGGAAUCAUCAUCAUCGACCGGCUGGAGGAUACAUGGGAGGACUCUUUCGAAUGUGAUGACACUAGGAUCCAGUUUGAAGAUGAAAUGACGCAAAGCUCCUUUGGAAGUUUUGCAACAGUUCACUGGCGGCCGCGCGAAGAGACAUGGGAGCGUUACGAAGAAGACUUUCAACCCGAGAGUCGAGUGCACAUGAGGAAGUAUGGGUUAGAGAGCAUCGGCAGACUGCUAGGACGUGAAGGCAUUGGCAGCAGUAUUAGGGGCUUCUAUGAACACUUCGCGCCUGAUGGAGUUCUGGACCGAGAAUUGGCUGUUGCGAGGAGAGGACUUGAUAUGCGACAGCAGCUUUUGAAGCAGAAACUUUCAAGAGUUAUGAGGCUUGAUUGUUCCAGUGACUAGCUGGCUUUCCAUUGUCUUGGGCCAAUACUGAGUCUCAAUACUCACAUGUAAACAGCAUCUCACCAGAGAAUGGUUCCUCAGCAGUGUUGAUUCAUUACAAGAUCCUAUCGGGGUCUUCUAUGAUACUCCACGUCGGGCCACGAACAAAUGACAGUAGACCUCGGCAUGGGUGCAUUCUACAACGUUGAUCAAGAGCUCCAAGCAAGGGCAUAUGACAA